UGGAGGAACGGAUUCUUUGACAUUUCAAAGGCAGUGUUCGUUUUCUGAUACGAAAAUAUCAAUAAUGAUCAAUAACUCAAACAAAACAAUAGUUGCGACAAUAUUAUAACAAUAUUUCGCUCUUUAUUCAAACAAAACUUUGAGAAUGUGUGAUGUUUGUUCGGAGUUUUCACAGCUUUUAGUUAACUGCGAAACGCGACUAACCGACGAUGUGUCCCAAUAUCCCUCAAUAAGUCAGACUGAGCUUGAAACAGUAUUAAAUUACAUUCUUUCCUGGCCACAGAGGCAAUGCAUGUGUUGUUACCGUGACGUUAAAAAUUUUGAAAGAUUUUAUCUUGUUGUGCAAAGUAUUAUUUGUCUUUCGGUAUUUCAACUGAAAUUACUUAAAGAUGAAUUAAUUGCUGCAUCAGUGAAUCCACCAAAUAAUACAUCAGAUACCAGUCAAGAGAUACCAAAGGAUGAGAAGAAUAGCUCAACAAAUAAUGAUGAGAGUGAUGAGAAAUCAGAGGGUGAUUUAAAACAAGAGAGUACAAAAAAAGGAGAGCCCAGUGAGCAGAGUUCUAGUGAUGUAGCUAAAACAGAAAAGUUAUCCACAAGUACUGAAAAUGAGCCAUGGCCUAUACAGCAGAGAGAAAAACUUUUACACAUUGUGUCUAAAGUUUUUCUUCAUAACUUUCCAUUGUACACAGCUUGCAAACACUCCACUUUGAGUAGACUCGAUGAUCUCUCCGCUCAAGAAAUAUCAAAUCUAAGCUCAUUUUGUGACCUACAUGAUACUGAAAUACCACCAUAUUUAUUGAGAAAUGUAAAUUUAUUUUGUAAAUUGGGUGGGGUGUGUGCAAUGACAGCUGUGUUUGAACAUGCCACAGCGAGUACUCUACCACUAUCUAUGGCACAUGCAAUUGUAGCAGCGGUAGGAAAUUUGAAACUGUGGUUGAAUUUUAGAGCUGUAGCACAACAGUUCAUGCCUCUCCGUAGCAAAAUACUCAAAUACAUGUGCAGCUUAGAGGAUAAGGACUUGAGAGUCCCUGCAGUCAAAUCAAUGGCGGACUUCAUGUGGGGUGCAGCAAAAGAGCCUUUAGACUCACCGCUUGCCUUCGAUGCAGAUGGGCUCGCACUGGCUUUCAAAUACUUCAAUAGCAGUACAUUAACCAUGAGGCUAGCUGGUAUAGCUCAGAUCAAUGCUCAUAUAGCUGCGCACAAUGAGCUGUGUGCAGGAGAAUCAGCGGCUGAUGCUGAGGUAGCUGGACAGCAUUUGGCUGCAUGGCUGUCAUUCAAUAACAUCAUUGAACAUUUGUUUGGACCUAAUUUGCAUGUUGAGGUUAUCAAACAGUCCCACAUGAUCCUCAAAUUCCUAGCAGUGGAGGGACAAGUUACCUCCGAACAUGUUGAGCUUGUGUGGGCAGCAGCUCAGCUAAAGCACUGUGGACGGCAAGUGUAUGACCUCCUGCCGGGAUUCAUUAGAGCUUUAUCUCCUAAACCAUGUGCCCAUCUCUAUAGCCUCCUGUGUUCUUUACCUCCUAAGGAACAUACUGAGCAGAGUCUAUACCUAGCGUCCGCACUAAUGCGUGCGAUGUGGACGCGGGGUCGCGGCGCGGGCAGCCCGGCGGGGGAACCGCCGCGUUUACCCCCACCCGCGUGCAAACCGCACCGCUCCUCGUCUGAAGCUAGCGUUAGUAUGGACCAGACGAAUUCCGAUGAUGAUCCUUGUGAAGAGCUGAGCACAUCUGGAGAAGAGGCUGGCCCCACGCCACGAAAGCAAAGCAAGCAUCAGCGUGAGUUAACAGCUGAACAAGAAUGGCUUCGCGAGGGUGAAGAACUUACCAAAAAGGAGUGCACAACACUUAAAUCAUGUCAAAAACGCAACAAGCGCGCUGGCAGUAGCGGCAGUGCGAGCAGCGGUCCUGAAGAGCUGUUGCGGCCGCGCAAGAAGAAACUGUAUAAGAAACGGCACAAGCCCGGCAAGCCCAGGCAUUUCCCGCAAUUGAAAACUGCGGAGCUCGCGGAGUCGGUGUCGGAAGUCGAAGAAGAGUCGUCUGGAAGCGAUACAGCGCACUGCCAAUUACUAUGCGAUAAUGUUGAUGCAAGGAGAUUAAUGGAACUCCGUCUCCUGGAGAGCUACAAGCGGCGUUCUGAAGAAGAGGGCAGUGCAUCAUCAGCCGUGUCACCGCACUCGCACCGUCUGCCAGACCUCGAUGAAGAUGACUCUGCAUGUGAGGAGGAGCUGGCUAGAUUAGCGGCUCAGGCGCAGUGCAUCCCCGAGUACGGCGUGGGCGCGCUGGCGCUGGGCGUGGCGGCGGGCGGCGCGCUGCCCUUCAGCGUUGACGACGUGUGCCGCCCGGGGAACACGCUGCUGUGGGACCUGCUGCAGGACGGCGCUAUCGAACAACUCGGAGAAGGUCUUGCGUUGGAGGCUGAAAAAGCUCUAUGUGCUCUGUUGUGCUUCAGCACAGAUAAAUUUAUUAGGAUUAAGUUCAUUGAAGGCUGUCUAGACAACCUCGCGAAUCACAGGUCUGUUGCUGUUUCUCUUCGGCUAUUGCCGAAGUUGUUUUCGUCUUUUCAACAAUUGCGUGGAAUGGACAUGCAUCAGGUGGUAAUGUGGGCGGAGCGCGAACGCGGCAUGAUGCGCUUGUUCCUUGAGGACUUGCGGCACUACGUCAAGCAGCGAGCCAGUGCAAGUGCGAGUGCUAGCGCCAGUGGCAGUACGUGUGGUGCAAGCGAGGCACAGCACUACGCUCAUAUCACUGAGCUGACGGUGCGCUUGCACUUUCUGACCGCUAUCUUCUCGCCGGUCGGAUCGCCGCACCAUUUUAGACUGACAGUAGAGCAAGUGGAGGAACUAUGGCAAUGCCUAGUUGUAGAAGGUACCAGUGAAUGUGCCGAUUGCCUGUACUCGUGGCUACUGUCGCACACCAAGACGCCCGACCAGCACGCGCUAGGUUUGGAUGCGUUAAGGUUCUUGUAUGUGGAGAAGAUGCCUACUCUUGAUCCAGAGACGAUAAGCAUAAUGGGGCUCAGCCUGUACCAGCAGCUGUGCAACUUGGCGCGCAUGGCGCUGGGCGCGGGCGACUCGCACCCGCACCACGCCCACCACCCGCACACGCUGGCCAUGGACCACCUGUGGAAGAUCGCGCUGCGGGCCAACAGCACCGAUGUAUCAAUGGGUGCGAUCCAGUACUUGAACAGCUAUUAUAUGGGGCAGCAAUUACAGCAAGAAGAUGAUUUUGUCUCGAAGUGCAUGUUUCACUUGUCGUCUGCGGCUGAGAGGCUCAUUACUAAAAGUCAAGAUGGUGAAGGCACUUCAAAUCAGGACAUAAAAUGUGAUGAUACAAAAGAAGAAAAGACGGCCGAUAAACAAAAUAUCUAUGAACAUAUGACUGAAGAGGCGGCUCUGCAAUGUAUACAGAGGGCAUUACUAUUGUUGAAGACUCACUUGGAUACUUUUAAAAGAAGAUACGCGUACCACCUGCGGCGCUGGGCGCUGGCGGAGUCGGGCGCGUGGGAGGGCGGCGCGGCGGGCGGCGCGGGGGGCGCGGGCAGCGUGCGCGUCACGCUGCAGCCGGCCGGCGCGGGCCCGCGCGCGCUGCUCACGCUGCACCACUCCGACCUGGUGGCGCACCUGCGCGCGCACGUGCACGUCUGGUGGGAGAAGCAGAUUCAAGGCGAAGAAGCUGUUACAGCUUUAUCGACGGAUGGACCUCUGAGAAUGAUAACUCAAGGACAAGAGCUCACAAUUGACUAUGAUGAACGUACUCUAUAUGAUAUGGGGUUUAAAGAUAAUCAGUUGGUGUUCGUAUCGGUGGGCGUGGGCGGGCGGAGCGCGUGGGCGGAGUGGCCGUCCGCGCAGCCGGCGCCGGCGCGCGCGCGGCUGCCCACGCACCUGCUGCUCGACCCCACGUACUUCCACCACCUGUUCACGCUCAUGCAGGCGCUGGGACAGAUGAAGGAGCCCGCCGCUAACGGGGAACUCAUGGCCCAUACGAAAGCACAAUUACUAUCUCGUCGCGUAUGGGACAUUCUACAAGCGGUUCCACUAAAUCCUACGCUUUUGGAAGCAUUUCAAAAUCCUUCCGAAAAUAAGCUGCCUGAGCUCUUGGAUCCAACGAGUCCGCAAAAACUCAUGUAUUCCUUACAUAUAAUCGAUAAGUUGAGCUCAAAUAAUGGCAACCCAAACGUGAAGGAAAGUUCUGGAAUAAUUACUGGAACUUUGGAAAAAGCCGAAGAGAAAGUUGUUGUUGAAAAUUGGAAUGAAUUGUUCAUAAAGAAAGGUGGUCUGAGGUUGCUGUAUGAUAUUAUGAUGUCUGGUGUAUUACAACGAAGUGAUGACAGUGAAUGGCGACAGGAUUGCCUUGCGUUGUUGCUGCAACUAUUAUGUCGCAUUGGAACGUUACCAUGCGCUGAAGCUGGUCAAACACCUAAAUUACACCCGGCAUUGCUAUCUCUGAUGAGUGUAGAGGAGACAACGGAUAGGCUUAUAUCAAUUUUGUGCGAGGCUGCUACUGCUAAGGAACCUGUUACAUACAAAACAGGGUUUUGGGGACGGGCGCAGGUGGUACAACACGCAAUGCGUAUGUGCGUGGUGUGGGCGCGGGGUGGUGGUGAAGCGGCUGCGUUAGCGUGGGCGUUGAGAAAAGCGGCGCCGAGGUUACUGCUCGAUGAUGCUGAUCCGGCGGUACGUCGCGAAGCCGGCAGUGCAUUGUACCGGUUAUGUGCCGGCGGCGAAGUGUCUGUUCUAGCGCCACUAUUACAGUUGCUGCUACAGCACUUGCCAAGGGCAGCUGAUAUGCGGCCUCAUCAUCAUCACCACCAUCAUCAUCACGAGGUUGUCCACCAUCACGCGGAAGAAGGCAAAGAGCCAUAUGGACCAGCGUGUCGUGAUUAUUUCUGGCUAGUCUGUAGGUUGAUAGAUGGCUUACCAGAAGACUUCUUUAAAGAAGGUGCAUUAUCUGAAGAUAGUGGGGCGCCUGAUCUCAAUGAAUUAUGUGAACAAAUCAGUUGUUCUCUAGAAAAGAGGGAAAUAAUAGAAAAGCGUUUAGAGCCAUGCACGCCAGAUGACGGACUAUACGGACAAUUGAGUUUACUGACACAUCUUCUAAAACAUCCUCUAACAUUCAAAACUUCCGAACAGGGUACUAGGACAUUAGAAAUGGUGUUUGGCUUUCUAUUCGAUGUACCGAAUCCGUCGCAACGCAACUUACCAAAGUGCAAGUCGCAGAAAUCUCGAGCUGCGGCGUACGAUUUGCUUGUAGAGUUGGUCCGCGGUGCUCCCGAUAACUAUAUGGUGCUUUAUCAGAAACUCAUGGAACACCACAAACCAGGUCCAGCAUCAUCAUACCCGUGGGACUACUGGCCAGCGGAAGAGUCUCGGUCGGAGUGCGGCUACGUGGGGCUGACCAACCUGGGCGCCACGUGCUACAUGGCGUCGUGCAUGCAGCACCUGUUCAUGAUGCCGCAGGCCCGAGCUGCGUUGCUGCGUGCCGACCCGCAGCACAGCCGCCACGCUGCUACGCUGCAUGAGAUGCAGCGCAUGUUCGCUUACCUAAUGGAAAGUGAACGAAAGGCGUAUAACCCCAGAAGCUUUUGCAAAGUGUACCAAAUGGAUCAUCAGCCGUUAAACACAGGGGAGCAGAAAGAUAUGGCGGAGUUCUUUAUUGACCUCGUGUCUAAGCUAGAAGAGAUGACGCCAGAAUUGAAGAAAUUAGUCAAAACAUUAUUUUGUGGGGUGCUCAGUAACAAUGUUGUGUCUUUGGACUGUCCGCACGUAUCUCGAACGCUAGAAGAGUUCUACACGGUGCGCUGCCAGGUGGCGGACAUGCGCAACCUGCACCAGAGCCUCGACGAGGUCACCGUCAAGGACACGCUCGAGGGCGACAACUGUUACACGUGCUCGCACUGCUCCAGCAAAGUGCGUGCUGAGAAACGAGCGUGUUUCAAGAAACUCCCCCGGAUACUCUGUUUCAACACAAUGCGGUACACAUUCAACAUGCUCACAAUGUUAAAGGAGAAAGUGAACACGCACUUUUCAUUCCCGAUGCGGUUAGAUAUGUCCGGCUAUGUGGAGAAACAUCUUAUGCCGGCACAGUAUCAAGAGGAGAAGAGGAAAUCGGCUGAACUGAGGAAAGAUGGUGAAAGCAGUCCAAACAAUGAAUCUGAUGAUAGUUUAGAGGAGGAACAUUACGAAUACGAGCUGAUAGGCGUAACCGUACACACGGGCACAGCGGACGGCGGGCACUACUACUCGUUCAUACGCGACCGCGAGCGGCCGCAGCACGACCGCUGGCUGCUGUUCAACGACGCGGAGGUGAAGCCCUUCGACCCGGCGCAUAUCGCCGCCGAGUGCUUCGGGGGCGAGAUGACGAGCAAAACAUACGACUCAGUGACUGAUAAAUUCAUGGAUUUCUCCUUUGAGAAGACAAACAGUGCAUACAUGUUGUUCUACGAGUUGAGUCCGCCGCGGAACCAGCGUGGCUCUGACUCUGGCCAGCAAGAAGAAGCACAGUCAUCGACUGCAGAAGAGAGUCCGAGUUCGUCGCUAGAGCGGCGCAACGGCGACAGCAAUCCCGAGAUCGAACUACCUCCGGAUUUGCUCAACUGGAUAUGGGACGAUAACAUGCAGUUCUUGCAUGAUAAGAAUAUAUUUCAGCACGCGUAUUUUACAUUCAUGGGUCAAAUGUGUAGUUCUGUUCCGCAAUCGCUUUUGACAUUGCGGCCAGAAAUCACAGAAGUGGCUGCAAGAUUGUCCACGUCGUUUUUUAUUGAAACGUUUAUCCAUGCUAAAGAAAAGCCAACAAUGGUAUCAUGGGUGGAGUUAGUGACGAAGCAGUUUAACGCGUCCGCCGCCGCGUCCGAGUGGUUCUUGGGACACAUGGCGGAUGACACGUGGUGGCCGAUGCAGGUGCUAAUAAAAUGUCCGAAUCAAAUGGUUCGGCAAAUGUUUCAGAGGCUAUGUAUGCACGUCAUACAGAGGCUAAGGUCUAGUCAUUGUGCGUUAUACCUGCAGGGUAUGGAGGAAGGCGAGGAUAGUAGUAAAUUGGGCGAAGCGAGUUGUGUUACUAGGUUUAUAAGGAUGUUGUUAUCUUUGAUGGAGUCAGGCGCGCGGUCUCACCUGCGCCACCUGACGGAGUACUUCAGCCUGCUGUACGAGUUCAGCAAGAUGGGCGAGGAGGAGGGACGGUUCAUGUUGCGGGUCAACGCUAUAUCGAGCAUGGUCAACUUUUAUCUAGGACAGAAUUCUAAUACGGUGGAAUCCCCCACCGAGGAGGCGGGCAGCAGCGGUAGCGGCAGCGGCAACAACGAAUCUGGCGGUGAUAAACUACGGCCCGGGGCGUUGGACAAGAUGGUCGCGCUCGUGGCGGGACUGCUCGAGCGCAGCCGCGACGCCGCGGGGCAGCUCGCGCUGGGGGACAGCGACGCGAAGGCGCUGCUUCACGCUAAGGGGUUUCCAUUUCUCUACCAACAAACACGAGACUGCCUGAACCUGCAGCAGACGCGCUCGCUGAUAUUCGCUCUGUGCCGCUGGAACGAGCCGCUCGCGCAGAAGAUCGUGCACAUGAUAUUUCAAGCGAUUGCGAAACACUCUGAAAGCUGCGGGCCGUUUUUUAAAUUGAUAACGCUGCUGGUGGAAGGCAGCGGUGGGGGGAGCGGUGGGGGGGCGGGCGGCCUGCCGUGCUUCACGCAGCUCGUGCUCGCGCGCCUGUGGGACCUGGCCGACGUGUGCCCGCACGCCGCGCUCGAGUGGCUCGCUAUGCAGGUGCCGCGCAACAAGGCGGCGCACGCGUGGGCGCUGCGCACGGCGGAGCGCUGGGUGGAGCCGCAGCUGCUGGCGGCGGGCGCGGCGCGGGUGCGCGCGGCGGCCGCGCUGCUGCUGGUGGCGCUGGUGCCGAGCCAGCACUUCCGCGCGGGCUACGCGCGCGCGCGCCCGCACCAGCACCACUCGCCGCACGCGCACCACGCGCACCACGCGCACCACGCGCACCAUGCGCACCACGCGCACCCCGCCAAGCUGCCCGACACCGCGCAUCACACGCUGCAUCAGGUAUACACGAUGUUGUUGAGCAAGCUGAAAGCGGCCCGCAAGUAUACAGACAUCGCGGUGCACGGCACUAUGAAGCUCACUGCGUAUUUUGGUGUAAUGUCUUACUGCGUUGUGAGCAGAGUGGAGAAGUUAAUGUUUGGACAAUACUUCAUGGACCUAUGGGAUCUAUACCACCCAGGGAUAUCAGAACCUUCAGUGGCCGUUCACCCCAACAAGCAAGCGCUCAUCACCUUCUGGCAUGCUGUCUCUGUCGACUGCCCGGAGAAUGUGCAGCUCAUCGUCUCCAACCCCCGGGUCAUAAAGCAUAUCGCCUUCAAUUAUAUACUUGCGGAUCACGAGGACGGCGAAGUGGUUGCGUACAACCGGGCCAUGUUACCUCCAUACUAUGCACUACUGCGGUUAUGCUGCCGGCGCUCGUGCUCCUUCGCACGCACGCUCGCACAGCACCAGAACGUGCACUGGGCGUUUAGGAAUAUUGCCCCGCAUUCGCAUCUGUAUCCGGCUGCUGCCGAUGAACUGCUCAGGCUAGCCCGCAUCCUAGCAGCACGCGGUGGAACUACCAACGGCGCUGGCAGUUCGACCAGCAGUGCGGCGGCGCCUGAAAUAGACGAGCGGGAAGCCUCCGCGUUCAGGCGGAGCACGCUAGCUGCGUACUUGCAGGGUUUGAACGGGCGAACGUCGUGGACCACGUUGAUAUCUGCGUUCUGCACGCUAGUUGAGACCGGGGACGAUAGACUGUACGUUGUUUAUAACGGCGGGUUGCAGAUGACUUUUGAGGCGUUACACAGCCUGCACGCUGUGUACGUGGAGGGCGGCGCGGGCAGCGCGAGCGGCGCGGGCGGCAGUACGGGCGGCGGCGCGGGCGUGCGCGGCGAGCUGACGGCGGCGCUGCGCUGGGCGCGCGCGCUGUGCCGCACGCUGCGCACGCGCCGCGAGCCCAAGGAGGCGCGCGCGCUGCUGCUGGCCUGCAAGGACUGGCCCGAGUGCGCACGUCGACUGCUCACGUUGUUGAAUUUGCAUCAACGCUCCGCGUUGUUACCUCAAGCUGCGCUCGGUGUGCUCCGCGAGCUAGUGAUGAUAGGGGGUGGUGCAGCACUAGGAGCACUAGUACCGCUCGCUGCGGGCGCGCACGCAGCGGCCCGCACGCCGGCCCGCCCGCGGCUGCGCACGCGCUCGCACCCGCACUGCGCGCCGCCGCCGCUCUACCGCCCGUAUCAUCGGUUUAUCGAUACGUGCUGUCGAGUAGCGCGCAGUCAGCGCUGUAUGUCGGAACAAUUGGUGCUAUUGUCAGCGCUGUGCGCGCUUGAAGCGGUGCCGCUUAGGUUCAACUAUUUCGCCGCGUUUUGGAGAGAUAUCGCUAAUACACCGGCGGACUCGAAACUUGAAGAAAUGCUCUUAGAGUGCAGCGUGCUAACGGAAUAUAUUGAUGCAAUAAUUUUAGAUGAAAGGGAAUCUUUAGAAGAUCCCACUAUUUACGAAUUUAUGCAGCACUAUUAUCCUAAGGUGUGUCAGCUGAGCGGCGGUGGGGGCAGCGGCGCGGGCGCAGUGGAAGCGCUAGCAGAGGAGCUGGGAACAUGUUCGAGCGGCGCCUUGCUGGGCCCGCUGCGCGCGCUGCUGCUGGCCAGCGCGGGCCCGCUCCCACCCGCCGCGCUGGCGGCGCUGCAGCGGGCCGUCACCGCGCUGCAGCAGCGGACGUUUUCGCUUGAAGAGGAGGAGAGCGCGGAGGGUGCGAGUGGGUCGGGCGGGGCGGGCGGUGCGGGUGGCAGU